AUGAAGGGAGCUAAUGGGAGUGGAACAGAGGAUGGGUUCCAAUAUUUACUUCAAUCGGUCAGGGAUGAACUUGAACAACUUCUAGAUGAUGAUGAUGAUAUGGCAGACCUUUACUUGUCAAGGAAAUUGGCUGUGCCAUCUUCACCUGCCAGUGGCUCUGGUGCUCCUACUUGGUUUCUUAACUCUCCAACUAUAGGUUCAAAAAUAUCUAGAACAAGUGCAGCAACAACUCAAGAGGAGAAUGAUGUGGAUGAACUUGAAAUGCUGCUUGAGGCUUACUUUAUGCAAAUUGAUGGCACACUGAAUAAAUUGGCCACGCUGCGUGAAUACAUAGAUGACACUGAGGAUUACAUAAACAUUCAGCUUGAUAACCAUCGAAAUCAGCUUAUUCAGUUAGAGCUCUUUCUAAGUUCUGGGACUGUUUGCUUGUCGGUAUAUUCUUUGGUGGCUGCAAUAUUUGGCAUGAACAUCCCCUAUACGUGGAAGACUGAACAUGGAUUUGUAUUUAAAUGGGUGGUCAUCGUCACCGGUAUAGUUUGUGCAUCCCUUUUCUCAAUAAUAAUCUUCUAUGCUCGGCAGAAAGGUCUUGUCGGGUCUUGAUACAUAUAAAAAUCAGUUUGGAAGGAGGUAUGCAAAGCAUAUUUAGUCGCUCUUGGGAAGAAAUUUAUACAACUUCAUGUAAAUUGAAUUUAUGGUGCAUUGCAUUUAUAAUCAUUGGGUGAUGGGUCCUGAAAGUAAUAGUAGUGAUUGAGAUUUGAACAAGAGUGGGUGGGUAUCAUUAUGUUGGAAUUCUUGUGGCUAUAAUAUUAGGUAACUUGUCCCAGCCCUUAGGUACAACUAAAUUCAAGACGCAUAAUUAAUUGUUGUGUAUGUAAUAGUAAGGUUUGGAUUAUGAUUUACGUUUUGUUCAGCAAUUUGAUGGUAAAGAUUAGAUUGUUCAUCUAUUGGUGGACUCCUGGGACCGCUUUUAAUUUUGUUUUUGUCAAUACUUAGCUUCCAGCACGCGCCCAUAAAUUGCUAUUAUAU